AUGGCAAAAAAAAAUAUAAUUGAAGCUCUUGAUGCACUUCUUAAAGAUAUUAUGGAUGUGAAUACAUUAUUCGGAGGUAAAGUAAAUGUAUUUGGAGGUGACUUUAGGCAGACUCUUCCAGUUGUUCGCAACGGCAAAAAAGAAGAUUUUAUUCAUGAAAGCUUGUUAUAUUCUAAUGUUUGGAAUAAACUUGAGAAACUGCAUCUAUCUGAAAAUAUGCGCGCAAGAACAGAUCCAUCUUUUUGUGAAUAUUUACUUAGGAUUGGAAAUGGAAAAGAACCAACAAACUGUGAAAACAAAAUUGAGAUUCCUGAUUCUUUUGUUAUUCCUUUUACUACAGAAGAAGAAUCUUUAGAUGUAUUAUUUAAUAUAACAUAUCCCAAUUUACAUGCAUUUUCCCCUAAGUCAUCUAUGUUUACUUCUCGUGUUAUUUUAACAACGAGGAAUGAUUUUGUGAAUGAGAUAAAUAAUAUGUUAAUCACUAAAUUCCCAGAAAGGGUUACAACAUUUGUUGCAAUUGAUGAAACUAUUGAACCGAAUGAUCAAAGUCAAUUUGAAGAUUUCCUACAUAGUUUAGAUCCUCCUGGUCUACCUCCUUAUAAGUUAACUUUAAAGGAAAAUUGUCCAGUUAUAUUGUUACGAAAUUUGAAUCCCUGUGAAGGUUUAUGCAACGGUACUCGAUUAACAUGUUGUGACUUUAGAACACACGUCAUAAGUGCUAAAAUUGAAAGCGGUGACUUCAAAAAUACACAUGUGUUUAUACCGAGAAUACCAUUGUUAGCAUCACAAGACGAGAAAAUACCUGUUCAGUUUAAGAGAACACAAUUUCCUUUAAGAUUAUGCUUUGCUAUGACGAUAAAUAAAGCUCAAGGUCAAACAUUAGAUUUUGUUGGAAUCUAUUUACGCGAACCUGUUUUUUCACACGGCCAACUUUAUGUUGCUUUAUCCAGAGCCAAAAGCUCAAAAUGUGUCAAAGUAUUGAUUCGUCCACCUACAACAAACG